UCUUUUCAGGCGUGAGAAUCAAGCUAUCGGGAGUGGACUUUCGUUCUUCCACGUUCUCUGCCACCGUGCCUGAGCGGAUCGCAGGGUUUCUACUUUCUAGAUUAGGGGAAUCCCCAAAUAAUGCCCCACCCCCUCUUUUCCUCGAAGAAUCGCCCGAUUUGUUGUUCAGAAUCGGGAUCUCCUCGCUUAUAGCUUUCAAGCGAGAUAUCCAUUGCUCGAAUCGGUUUAGAUUCGACUUCCCAAGUUUCGAUCUUUUCCGUAGCGCAUUGAUUCGAUGCCCUUCUAGAUCGGCAUUCGAUUCGAGAGAUUUGGGCCAUUUCCAGAAGGAUUUCCUCGAAUAGAAUCUUCUCCAUUUCUUGCUGUCAUUGUUGCUGCGAGACGUGGAUCGGAGCUAGGGGAGGAAUCGAGUAGGGUUUUUGGUGUUUUUUUUUUUCCGAGCUUUUCUCGAUCGGAAACCCGCCGUCAUGAGGAUCACGGAGUUGGAGGACGGGGGCUCGGACGAUUCUGGCGGUCGGGAGAUCGUGCCGUUCAAGGCCAAGAGAGCGCUGGUUGGGGCGGGGGCGCGGAUUCUCUUCUAUCCGACCCUUCUCUACAAUGUGAUACGGAACAAGAUCCAGGCCGAGUUCCGAUGGUGGGACGAAGUAGAUCAGUUUCUUUUGCUUGGGGCAGUUCCAUUUCCCAAAGAUGUUCCACGCUUGUGGCAGCUAGGGGUUCAGGGUGUUGUUACCUUAAAUGAGCCGUAUGAGACUUUGGUCCCAUCAUCAUUGUAUCAGAAUUAUGGCAUUGAUCACCUAGUGAUUCCUACAAGGGACUACCUUUUUGCCCCUUCACUUGUGGAUAUACGCCGAGCUGUUGAUUUCAUCCACAGAAAUGCAUCAUGUGGGAGGACUACAUAUGUUCAUUGUAAAGCUGGGAGGGGACGCAGCACAACCAUUGUCUUAUGCUAUUUG